UUCAGCCUUGCUAGAGCAGCUAGUGGUGGUAUUGAUGGUGUGGAAAUUCAUCCAAGAUGAUGAGCAAUAGGAACUGCAACAAUAUUGAUAGAGUAGUAGUGAUGGAGAGUGGACAGGCUACAGCUCCAAAAAGGGUCAAUCAAGGCUUGAAAAAAGGGCCAUGGACGGUAGCGGAAGAUGCCAUCUUGAUAGAGUACGUGAAGAAACAUGGAGAAGGAAAUUGGAAUUCUGUGCAGAAGAAUUGCGGAUUGAUGAGGUGCGGCAAGAGUUGCAGGCUCAGAUGGGCAAAUCAUUUGAGGCCUAAUCUAAAAAAAGGUUCUUUUACACCCGAUGAAGAGAAAAUCAUCAUCGAACUUCAUGCCAAACAUGGUAAUAAAUGGGCUCGAAUGGCCUCUCAGUUACCCGGUAGAACUGAUAAUGAAAUCAAGAACUAUUGGAAUACCAGAAUGAAAAGACUUCAAAGAGCUGGUCUGCCUAUAUACCCCCAAGAUUUGCAAGCGAAAACAGCUGCGUUUAGUUUUCACCACCAAGAAGACCGACGAACACAACCCAACUCUACCUCACUCUCCUCAUCUCCUUACGAUCUCUGUUUUCCACCCCUUGAUCCCAUCAAUAGUUUCGCAACUCCCUUGAACCCUUUGCAGAAUCAUCUUAGUCCACUUGCAUUCUACUCCAAUCCGAGCCAUCAGUUAAAACUGUUUGCUAAUACCAACAGUAACGAUGGUUGUUUACCUCUGUCUUUGCCUCCUGUUUCGUCGUAUCAGCAAUCACCUCUUUCUACAAAUCUAUUCAGUCAAAACCCCACUAGGCAAGCAGUCCCGAUAAAUACACCACCAUCAGUACUGUUCUACAAUGAUGCAGAUAUGGAAAGCAAUGUGAGUUUUACUUCACUUAUAAUGGGGGGUCAAGUUCAGCCAAUUGGCUUUAUUCCUUCAGGCCAAACACCACCAGGGCCGACAACUUCUUGGGGUGGUGGUGCUUGUUUCGAGGAGGCAUCCAACAAAAGCAACAACAAUGGCUACAGUAACAGUGAAACUAGCCAACAAGGAAUGGCAGGCAAUAUGAACAAUAGCGGUUUGUUGGAUGCUUUACUGCAGGAGGCCAAGACCAUAUCUUCCAAAGGGAAAUCAAAUAGUGAUGACUUGCUGCCGGCAUCUAACGAAGGGAAACGUGCGAUGGAUAGUACUGUAAAGGAGGAAGGUGUAGGGGAGGAAGCUACCAAUCGUGUUGAAUUGUUGCCGAGAAACGGUAGCGAAUAUUCUUGUGGUGAAAAACUGUGGGAUGAUUUGAGCUCGUCUCAAUCCUCAAAUAUAUGGACAAAACCAAGCGAGGAAGCAGCUGACCAGGAGUUGAAUUCCAUGGAUGAUGACUUCUUCAGCCAGCUUAAUAACUUCCCAUCGUCGGAGCCACUCCCAGAGUGGAAUCGUCAAAGCAGAAAUGAACGCAAUUCCAAUAGAAUGUCAUACAGUGGGCUUAAUAUUGUUGAUGACAACAGAGACCCCGACGUUAAGGAAGAUGCUUCACUCACUCGUGCUUCCAACACAGAAGCAGUUCCAAACCGUGGAAGGGCCCUGGUUUCCUGCCAUUGGAACAACAUGCCUGGCAUCUGUUAAUUACAACUGUUUCUGCACCAAAAAUCGCAUGUUCUUACGAGAAAGAAAGCUUCAAAUAGAGAGCAUUCACGAGGAAAAUGAUAGAUUGAUUUUGUUGGAGCUUUUUAUUGUAGUUAGAGCUUGUCUCUGGGGUACCUUACAAAUCGAUGGAGGAGGCCUAGGUAGGAAGAACAAAAAAGAAUAAAGUACUAUAUAAUUAGGGUUGAUGUGGUCUGCAUAUGGAUCAUGACUAUAUAAGAUGGUUUAUUUUGCGUAUAAUUAGUUAAUUUUUCAUAUAAUUAAUUAAUUAGCUUCAAUUGGUAAUAUAACCAAGUUGGCAGUGUCUUUCCUUUCUUUCUUCUAAUUCUUUCUUUUUUUACGUACAUUCCUUUUCUUAAUUACAAUAUUCGAGUUUUUUUUUUUUUCCAGUUCUUGUUUCUUAUUGAUUGAUUGAAUAAUGCUGGGAGUAAUUAAAUCUUUCACAAAAGCUUCCUUACGGGCCGGGUAAUUAGUUAAUGUGGCAUUUCUUUUAAAUAAUUUUCUUAAAUCAUGAAAUGUAAAUA